AUGGAGGAAGAGAAGAACGUCAAGUCAGCGUGGACCAUCGAGGAGGACACGUUACUGCGCGAACAAAUCCAACGAUUAGGAGGACCUGGAAACUGGACGGCAAUUGCCGAACGAUUACCAGGAAGAAGCUCGAAAUCGUGUCGUUUGCGAUGGUGUAACCAGUUGAAUCCAACCGUGAAGCGAGGACCGUUCACUCCCGAGGAAGACGCGCAGAUAUUGGCAGCGCACGCCGUUCAUGGAAAUAAAUGGGCGGUGAUUUCGCGCUCGAUGCCUGGAAGAACCGAUAAUCAAGUGAAAAAUCGAUUUAACUCAACGUUACGAAGAACCUUAGCUCAAAAUGGGAAAGCGCCGCCGGCAUCCUCACCACCAAAGAAAGCGUCGAGUCCAGUCGCCGCGGCGCAACACUUAUCUUCGCCCAUGGGAUCGAGAAAGCAGUCGUCGAAUCAGUUGGCAAAGCAAGCAAAUUUGAAAAGGGUGGCGAGCCAAAUUUUAGAAACUAUGAGCUGCGACGAAUCCAUGGAGUCUUCGCAAGAUAACAAGGACAAGAGAAAUAAUAAUAAUAACAACAACAUGACUAACAACACCGGAAAAGAAACGACGAGCAAAAAUGCGAUGAAACGACCGAGAAAGUCUCCAACGAAAACGAAACUUGGCAAAAGCGUGCGCGGACCGAGUCGUGGCCCAAGUCAAGAUCGAGAAGAUUCGGGAGGUUCCGAAUCAGUUGGUUUGGAAACGCUCAUUCAAGCGAGUUUAAUGGAAUUACAAAGAAUCAAGAGCGGUAAGAGCGCGAGCGGUUUCGAGAAGGAAUACUACACGAUGAACAACGACCAAACGAGCGCGCAUGGCGGAUUCGGCACUAGCACUAACAACAACAACAACAAUAACAACAAUAAUAAUAAUAUCAAUAAUAAUAAUCCGACGCAGAACAACGCCACCAUGAGCAACAUGAGUGACCGCACUAUGAACGACUCCAGAGGAAUGGUGUCGUCCAUGAGCAUGGAAAAUUUGAACAGAGCAGCGAGAGGUGGAUUUUCCAUGCCCGGGAUCCCAAACGAUUCUUACGAUUGGCGUGCGAACUCUCCCGUAAUUGGCCUUCCUGCGUUCCAUAGUUUGAAUAAUCAACUCGUUCGUCGUCCGUCGAUGCUGAAUAUUGCGAGCCAAAGCGUUAUGGUGAACAACGCGAAUCCUGGUGGAGGAGGAGAACAACAACAGAAUGCAAACGAGUUGAACGACCCCCGCGCGGGUACGAGCGCGCUCUCGACUCCAGUCACCAUCACGCCGAACCUCGCUUCUUCCUGGUACGGGAGAAUGCUUGAGAAUUUGGGAUGGCGAAACCACUUUCCGCUGGACGUUCUUCCCAUGCAAGAGCAAGAAGACAUACACCAAAAAGACGCCAAAGAAGCACACGAAAAAUUUCAACCGAUUGAAAACGGCGAAGACGAAGAAUGCGCUCCGAAAGAAGCUGCCACCGCCGCCACCACGAAAACCACCGCUGCUACCGACGCCGCUUUGAUUGUAAAAACAGAAGAAGACAAUGUCAAAACGCAAGACGAAUUGCCGUCGCCGCUUUCUGACAACACGAUGAAGAACGAUAUGAACGGGACGACUGGUACCGCUGUCAACGAAGCGGUGGCGUGUUGA